AUCAUUUGUACUGUCUUUUCAGGUGACAGAAUGCAGGUUCCCAAUCUAAUAUUUAAUUUUUUGAGGACCAUGACCGUCCUCUUCCCCCCCUCCCAUUCUCGGCCACGUCCCGCCGUUCCAGAACACAUAACAGAGAAGACGAUUCUGGAGCGUCAGAGUUGUAAAAUGAGAAACGGGGGACCCGGAAUAUGCACUCCUAUUAUGGACUGUCCUACCGUCAUGAAGAAUUACCGGAUCAAGAGGCCCAUCAUCUGCGAUUGGGGCGGGGGAAAUGAAAACCCGCAGACCCAUCUCGUCUGUUGUCCGACUCUCACAGUGAAGGAGAGCAGUUCAACGUUGCAAGAGGUGGAGGUGCCGCUGGUAAACUUGGCAUCCUGUAGUACAGCCUACUCCCAAAUGGCUGGGGCAGUCGUGAAAAUUCCCGAUGGAAUUAAGGACUCAAUGCUGUGCGCCGGGGAAAAGGGCAAGGACUCCUGCCAGGGUGAUUCGGGAGGAGCUCUGCUGUACGAAGACCCCAAGAGCAGCAGGUUCAUGGUUGUGGGGAUAUCUUCCUUCGGGUAUGGCUGCGGGGUUGAUGGAUUCCCCGGAAUCUACACCAAAGUCGCUCCAUUCCAAACAUGGAUUAAUAGGAUUGUGUUCCAAAGAUGAUCCGUCCAGUUCGUCUACUUCAU